AUGCGUCAGAACGAAAAAGAUUCGGUCGUUAAUUCACCAUUGUCCUGUGAAGAAAAAUUAGAUGAUAUCGAACAAUUUCGAAAACGUAUGGCACCGAUCCUAAAUAAAUAUCAGUCAUACAAUACGACAUUUACGUUGGGACGAUGGCUUCGUUCAUGCAAUAAUGAUAUAGAAGAAGCAUCUAAGCAAAUGACACGAGCUUUGCAAAAUAUCUCUGCGCUUGAUGCAUGCAGAGAUUAUGACAGUGCUGAAUCGUUCAAUGAUUUUUUGAAUACUUUAAGCCGAGCUGCUGAAUAUUUUCCAGGUGGCGUUAUGGGUCCUGACAAGCAUGGAAAUAUUAUUCUCGUACAACCGAUGGGUCGUGCCCGACCAAAGACGAUGAUGCAGUUAGGACGUGUGUCUGAUCUUUAUAGGGCAGCAGUUUUGGAGGCCGAAGCUUGCAUGUGUUUCUUAAGAAAAGAAGAAGCUGUUAGAGGACACCAGCUUAGCAUUAUUUUCAUUUCGGAUCUCGCUGAAUUAUCUUUGGAAACAAUUUACAUGCCUGCUAUGAAGGCAUACUUGAAUGUUUUGAAUGUAUUGCAGUAUUUAUUCCCGAAUUCGAUCAAAAAGGUGUACGUAAUCAAUUCUCCCUCCAUGAUCAGUGUUCCUUUCAAUAUGGUAAAACGAGUACUUUCUAAAAGAAUGAUUGAAAAUGUCGAAUUUAUUGGCAGUGACUGGAAGCAACGGCUAAGAGAUGAGCUAGGUGAAGAAAAUAUUUUUCGAUAUUGGGGUGGCACGAAGGAAGCUCCAAAAGAAACGGGUACAAUACGCAUGGGUGGUGAAAUACCUGCUAGUUUGAGGGAAGAGAUUUUAAAAACGCUGAAGUUCAUUCCUGAUGAUCAAUUAAUAAAAGCAACGGUUACAGCCGGCUCGAUGCUGAAGAUUCCAGUUUAUGUGUUACAGUCAAAUUCAUUAUUGCAGUGGUAUUUUACUGUAAAUGCUGGAGACAUUGACUUCAAAAUUACAUAUGGUGAGGAAGAAGAGAUCUGGCCGCAUUUCCGUCUGUCAACUGAAUUUGUCCCAGAAUAUGGCGAAUUGCCAUGCCAUCAGAAAGGGACUUAUAUUCUUCAUUUCUGUAAUCCGGCAAAACUAUUUAAUAAAACAGUUGCAUAUAAUAUUUCGGUGAAGGAUCCGUAA